AUGGCGGCCUUGCCGGACGGCGACGAGGUGAUCGGUGUACCUGAUUUACCCGAGGUUGGGGAUGUGUAUGGCCUGAAAUUUGGUCUGUGGCAAGACCAUCCAUCCACCUACAAGCGUGGCACUGAGAAAGGAGUAUCAGAAUGCAAUCCUGUAUCAAAAGAGCCCGCAGGAGGACGCCACAUUUGUUCAGGAUCAUAUUUUGAGCAGCAGGAGGCUAUGAUCCGCAGGUGGCCACCCAGUGAGGUGACGGUUAUGGACACAGAUCACAACCCUUUCUUCUCUGCACCAGAGCAUCUCCUCGAGCUGAUCCUCAAGUCCUUGUGA